GGCGCCAUUGCGUUUUUUUUUCGUGGCGGUGGCGAUGCGGUGAAGAAGAGCAACUUUGCCCAGCAGGUUGUUGUGCGCAAGAAGAAACAAAUGAGGAGCAACUGUCAGCCGCGUGCGGCCGAGGCGGCGUCCAGCACGUGACGUCCCUGCCGACCGACCGACAGCCGCUCGUGCCCGUCGCGAUGACGCCGCCUCGCUUCGCCGCCAUCGUUGUCCUGCUGCUGCUGCGCUGCCCGCCGUGCCGGCCGGAGGACGCCGAGUGGGUCCUGCUCCAUGUGGUGCGGGGCCAGGUGGGCGCCGGCAACUACAGCUACCUGCGGCUCAACCACGACGGGGCCGUGGUCCUGCAGAUGUUGAGCGUGACGGGCGAUGCCGACCUGUACGUGUCGGACGCCACGCUGAGGCCCAGUUUCGACGCCUACAAGCUGCAGUCGGCCACCUGCGGGCGCGACGCCGUGGUCGUGCCCGCCGAGUUCGCGCGGCCUGUGGGCGUCGCCGUCUACGGGCACCCGUCGCACCGCCGCAGCGACUUUGAGAUGAGGGUCUAUCGAGACCCCGUCGCUCCAUUAGACCCUUUUGCCGCGGGCGCCCCGGCCGAUGACGCCCGCAAAUCGGAGGCGGACGCCACCGACCGCCGAGACUUUGAUGACGAGGACUCCAUGUUCUGGACCAAUCUCAUCAGACUUAUAGAAAUCAUCGUAGAAAUUCUCUUUUGAAACCAGUCGCGUGGUCUGGUGCCACCCGAGUGGGCGCGUCGGAGAC